CGUCUCCUGAUUGGUCGGCUGAAGGAGCGCCGACCAAUGAGAGCAGAUCUUACAAAACUCCGCCUGUCAUAUGACACAGCUGAUCGAUCUGGGCUGAGGAACCAAAACACAGCGAAGGGCCAAAAUGUUGGAUAGUGUCUUCAAUAUCGACUGCGGUUACUUGGAGGGCCUGUGCAGGGGGUUCAAAAAUGGUGUCCUCAAACAGACGGAUUAUUUGAAUCUGGUGCAGUGUGAGACUCUUGACGAUUUAAAACUCCACUUGCAGAGCACAGAUUAUGGUAACUUCCUGGCCAACGAGGCCUCGCCACUCCAGGUCUCCGUCAUUGACGACAAGCUGCGGGACAAGUUGGUGACAGAAUUCCAGCACAUGCGUAACCAUGCUGUGGAACCCCUAGGAACCUUCCUUGAUUACAUUACCUAUGGGUACAUGAUUGACAACAUUGUCCUGCUGAUCACAGGCGCUCUCCACCAGCGCCCAAUCUCUGAGUUGAUGCCCAAGUGCCAUCCCCUUGGCACCUUCGAGCAGAUUGAAGCCAUCAAUGUGGCUUCCACCAGCUCCGAGCUGUACAAUGCUGUUCUUGUGGACACUCCUCUUGCUGACUUCUUUGGAGAGUGUGUCAGCGAGCAGGAUCUGGAUGAGCUGAACAUUGAGAUCAUCCGUAACACCCUAUACAAGGCCUAUCUGGAGUCCUUCUACAACUACUGCAGGUCCCUGGGAGGCACCACCGCUGAAGUGAUGUGUGAGAUCCUUGCUUUUGAAGCAGAUCGUCGUGCUUUCAUCAUCACCCUUAACAGCUUUGGAACUGAACUGACCAAUGAAGACCGUAAGAAGUUGUAUCCUCAGUGCGGCAAACUUUACCCAGAUGGUCUUGCUGCUUUGGCUCGCGCUGAUGACCCAGAGAAUGUGAAGCAGGUUGCAGAGUUUUACACUGAAUACCGAGCACUGUUUGAAGGCGCUGGCAACAACCCUGGCGAAAAGACCCUAGAGGACAAGUUCUUUGAGCAUGAGGUAAAGCUCAAUGUCAAUGCCUUUCUGCAUCAGUUCCACUUCGGGGUCUUCUAUGCCUAUCUCAAGCUGAAGGAGCAGGAGUGCCGAAAUAUUGUGUGGAUCGCCGAGUGCAUUGCGCAGAAGCACCGAGCAAAGAUUGACAACUACAUACCCAUUUUGUAAAUUUUGCAGCCAAGUGUGGCAGUAUAAUGUGGGACACCCUUAGGCAAUGUGUAUAGGGUGUCUAAGAAGACGCAUUUGGAUGAGGUAUUCAUAUUUUGAUAACUUAGGCAAAUUUGGGUUUCAGAUAUCAGGCUUAUUGCAAGAAUUUAACAAUUUUGAUAUUAGGAUACCCCUCCCAGCAGAUUGAUGACACUGAGAAAAAUUAGCUGUUAUUGAUUAUUAAAAAAAAAAAAAGUUUAUUUAUUUAUUUUUUAUUUUUUUAUUUUAUUUUCUUUUAUUUUUUACUUUAUUUUAAAGCUCCAUUUUUUAAUAUUCCUGUAAAAAGAAUUUGUCAGAUACAUGGUUGUUCUCCAAAGUGCAAAAGGGCAGUUAAUAAAUGUGUUUAUUAUUAUUAGGAUUUCAUUAUUUUGUAAAGUCAUUUUCAUUUUUUUAUAGUAAUAUUUACUUUUUUACUUCAUGUGCACCUGUAUUUUAGCAGCUAAGCAUAUGGGUAUUAUAUAUAAAGAGAAAGUAUAGUACAUGUUAUUAUUGUCUCCAAUGUGAAGGAAAAUUUUAGCUUCAGAGGGUUUCACACCAAUCACAUCUUUUACUUGAAUUGUGAAAAGGUUGUCAAAUAUCCUUUAUAGUUUUUAUAUCAGUGAGAGGAAUCAUCUACCUUGUUUCCCAGUUUUUUAUUCACUUUCUUUAUUUUUCUCUCCUUGCAAAACAUGUUACCAUACGCUUUAAUGCUGAUGAAAGAUCUCUAGUUCCCCUUCUAUUUGGUAAUUUUGACAGUAAAAGAAUGAUAUAACUAAAAAGGAACUAUAUAUAUAUAUAUAUAUAUAUAUAUAUAUAUAUAUAUAUAUAUAUAUAUAUAUAUAUAUAUAUAUAUAAGGUAACAUAAAACAUAGUCACUGUCAUUUUUUGAGAUCACUAGACUUGGCUGGAAAAAAGUGUUUAUGGUAGUAGCCUAAAUGAGUUAUUCAUAAUACUUACAAAAGAAAAAAAGAAAGGAAUGAAUAUUAAUUAUUUUAUACCUUUUUAAAAGAAUUUUGAUUUAACAUUCCAAAUAUUUAUCAGUUAGUUUGCAGUAUUUAUUUGUCAGGGGAAAAUAUCUUCCAGUAGCACAAGUUUACAGAUAAUUUUUGUUUAUAAGUGUAUGUAUGACAUUUCAUUGUGAUGUAAUGCAUUAUUCUGGAUGUAUAAUUGUACAUAAUGUUUAUUUGUGAAGUUAUAUAAUGUUUAGAUAUAUACUGUAUUAAAGCAUGGUGGUAUUGA